AUGGCAACGAUGGCCGAGUAUGGUGAUCGAGUGCUUGGCAGACGGGCUAUGCACACAGCAGCCCUUAGACCGCCACAGCACGCCCAGCACCAUCCCUACGAGUCCAUCCCCAUGCUGCCCUCGCCCCAGCCGAAGCGCCAGCGCCAGGGUCCCCAACCACACCAACAGCACCCCCAGGACCGCUUGGGCAUCCUGCCUGAUGUCCUCUUCCAGAACCGCACCUUGAACUCGGCCCGCCAAACCGAGAAAAAGCGGAGAGUCGAGCUGCUAUGGUCCUACUUGGCUGAUUGGGUCGUCGUCAUCUUGAUGGCCAUCAUCUUCGGCCUUUUGGAUCGCCUGCACGGUCACCACAGAGAGUUCGAUCUCAACGACCCAACAAUCCAGUUCUCACAUGCAGUCCACGAGCGGAUCCCCGUCCCGCUCCUCGGAGUACUCGCAGUCGUCAUCCCAGCAGUCUUGAUCAUCCUAUGCAGUCAACUCCUCUUACGCUCUAGUUGGGACACCCACAUCGGCUUGCUCGGUCUCGCCCUCUCCCUCGCCCUCUCACUCGUCGUCACCACCACCGUCAAAGUCACCGUCGGACGGCCCAGGCCAGACAUGCUAGCCCGCUGCCAGCCCGCUCCAACGGCCUCCAACGCCGGCUUCCCGCACUACGGCCUCAGCAACUCAUCCAUCUGCACCGCCCCAGUCGACAGCCGCGAGUUUCAAGACGGCUUCCGCAGCUUUCCAUCCGGCCAUUCGAGUACCGCCUGGGCCGGACUAGGCUUCCUGUCUCUCUACCUGGCCGGCAAACUACACCUCUUCGACCGUCGUGGACAUUCCCUCAAGGUCUGGAUCUCAAUCGCGCCUCUGCUUGGGGCCACUCUGAUUGGCAUCUCCCGGACGAUGGACAACAGACAUCACUGGCACGAUGUGCUUGUUGGCUCGGCUCUGGGAGCUCUGACGGCAUGGUUCGGCUACCGAUUCUACUACCCAGCUAUUUCCUCACAAGACUCCCACCGCCCCUUUUCGCCCAGGAUUCCAUCACUGGCCGCUUUCUCCGGUCCUGACGAUGAAGACAAUCGAUCGGACCAUUCGAGCAGCUCGUUUAGCGGUGAUGUCGAGAACCAAUUGAUCCAAGCUCGUAUUAACCCAAUCAGCCUACCCCCUACCUCUGUGCACCAAACACCUAAACCUGAACGCGACGACGUUAUCUCCUUAGUCUCUCACUACUCAACUCCUACCGAAGCUCGCGGUCAGCAGCCACCCAAACUGGAAUAA